AUGCGAAGCCUUGAGCAGCUGUUAGACGUCUCAACGAAAGUCCUAGCUCAAGCCAUCGAUCUUUUGGACAAUUCACUUACAUCCGACGAUCAGCUCACGGUGAGCUCAAAGUACUUACCUGGAUCUACCAUUGGUAAACACCUUCGGCACGCACGCGACCAUUUCUCUCUUCUUCUCGAGUGCAUAACCUCUUCCCCACCACGUGUCCUUUCAUAUGAUAAACGAUCGAGGAAUACGCCAAUGGAGUCGAGUCGACAAGCUGCGCGAGAGGCGAUCCAAGAGACAAUUGCAAAGCUGAAGGCUGUCGUGCCAAACAGUAAAUUGGAUGCGCCUUUGAGCCUCGAUGCUGUCACUCCGUACGAGCAGACUUUCCAAUCGACGUUCGGCAGGGAGCUGUGGUUUGCCGGUCUGCAUGCUGUUCAUCAUUGGUCAAUGGUCCGCGUAAUCACAGGAGAACUCAACAUCCAACUGGAGGAAUCUUUCGGUUUCGCACCCUCUACACUAGUCCACCAGGGUAAAGAGGCACCGCUGGGCAAAGCAAAGAUAUGA